AUGCGAGCAUCUCAGAAUAGGCAGAAGUCCUAUGCAGAUCAAAGGAGGCGACCGUUAGAGUUUGCGGUUGGGAAUCAUCUUUUCCUGCGAGUAACUUCAACCACGGGUGUCGGUAGAGCUCUUCGCUCGAGGAAACUUUCUCCUAAGUUCAUUGGUCCAUACCAAAUUUUGAGGCGAAUUGGGUCAGUCGCUUACGAGAUUGCGUUACCCCCUCAGUUGGCCAAUCUCCAUCCAGUUUUUCAUGUUUCACAACUAAGAAAGUAUGUACCUGAUCCUUCUCACAUUUUAGAAAUAGAAGAUAUUCAAAUCCGAGAAGAUCUCUCAAUGGAAGUACAACCUGUUUGUAUAGAAGACACUAAAACAAAGGAACUUAGAGGAAAAACUAUCAAUUUAGUCAGGGUAGUUUGGGAUAGGAGAACAUGUGACUCUACAUGGGAGUUAGAAGAAGAAAUGAAGCAAUUAUACCCUCAACUAUUUUCUUGA